CCCAUCUUAAGAUUGAGGUGUAAAUAUCUGCUCUGGGCUUCCUUGGACACCUGGGCUUAGAAGACUACCACCAACGCAAAUGCAUGUACGAGCUGCUUCCUCCUCUGUGUCUUUCUCAGCACCAAAGCCCGUCAGGGUGUGGGCGUUGGCUCCAUCGGUGGUUCGCGUCAAUUCCCUCUACACUGCUAAACCUUCUUCUGUCAACAGCGAUUCCAACUCCAUGGCUGCGGCCGUACCUAAGUGGGCGCAGAAGACUAUUACCCUACCCCCACAGCGCCGAGGCUGCCAUCUUAUUACUCCCAAGAUUUUGAAUGAAAUUGGUUCAGACUUGUCAGAAUUCAAGUGCGGCCUUGCUCAUCUCUUCUUACACCACACAAGUGCCUCUCUUACUAUCAACGAGAAUUAUGACUCUGAUGUUCGAGAUGACACCGAGACGUUCCUCAAUAAGAUAGUUCCUGAGGGGAGUUCUGCACCUUGGAAGCAUACGUUGGAAGGUCCAGAUGACAUGCCAGCCCACAUCAAAUCAUCGAUUUUUGGAUGUGCACUCACGAUUCCAAUCACAAAUGGAAAGCUUAAUAUGGGCACCUGGCAGGGAAUAUGGCUGUGUGAACAUCGUGACCAACCUACUGCCCGCAAAGUUGUGGUUACUCUUAAUGGGAUAUGAGGAUUUAAUACUUGAGACAUUCUGGUUCUACUUAUCGUGAUAUGUUGGUAAUCUUUGGUGUUUGUAAUGUCUUUACGUAUUGUCUUUAGAGGGACAAAACAGCAUGUUUUUCUCUGUUACCCCUUUUUUUUUUUUUUUUUUUUUUUUUUUUUUUUAUAUCAAGGUUCUCUGUUACUCCAUUGAGACCUGGCAUUUUUUAAAUGAAACAACUAGAAUACCAUGCCAUGAAAUUAUUGUUAA